CAUUCAACCGCAAUGAUUUGCAGUUGGAAGUUGGGGCAAAUUUCUGACUGGUCAAUUCGGUAGUUUGUGGGCCGCUUCUGAUUGGUUGACACUGCGCAUCCUCCAGAUUGCUUCACCUUGUAUCUUUACACCAUGCUCCGACCGGUGUGGAUUCCUUUCUCGCACGGGAGGGACGAAAGUCUGAAUUAGGAGAUCGAACAUUAAUAAUGACAAUCGUUUUGUGCCUAUUUCGCGGCUCCUUUCAGCGCUCGCGUUCACGCCUGAUCGGAUCUGCGAGGCGUACACGCGCCGCAAUACGCAUUCGCGCACGUGUAGGCGCGUAGGUGUGUCGACACGUGGCGCGAGUGUUGGAGCCGGCGCUACAGAGACUUUCGCGGAUUUACAUUCUCGCGUUCGAAGGCGGCGCCGGCAGCGGACUUCUAUACAGGUUGCGCCAUAGAAAGGAUCGAUGGAGAUCGAAAACCAGAUACACACGUACGUUUGAGUGCUUACGCGUAGCUUUCGUCACGCGCAUUCCCGUCCGUUCUCGCGCUCGUAAAGGUCCGUUGAAGGAUAAUAAAAGUGCAGUGUGACAUUUUCGCCGGUGUAUGGCACGCGGGGUCGCGCGCGACAUCGCUUGACGGAGAGGAAGAGCGUCGCUCGGGAAUUUUGUGACGGGCGACAGAGCUGCGGGGAUCAUGGAUUCGAUACGAGACCUGAAGCGGCUGCUGUACGAGCGUACGGAGGCGUUGCGACGUCGCGACGAGAUCGUCGACGUGCUCGAGAAGACGCUCGAGGAGCGCGACGCCAUGAUCUCUUACCUCCAGAACGAGAUCGAUAAGUUCCGGCAGAUCGUCGAUCUGAGCCUGGCGUCUGCUGCCAUCGGUUCUAAUCGGAGACUGAAGCGGCAGGCCAUAUCGGCCGAACCCCUCAGAGGCGACACGAAGCCGGUGGUGAAGUUCGCCAAGCCGCAAAGAUCUCGCGAGCUGAUAAAGACUGCCAUAUUGAACAACGACUUCAUGAAGAAUUUGGAACUGACGCAGAUCCGAGAGAUCGUCGAUUGCAUGUACCCUGUUCGAUUUAUAGCCGGUUCGAUAAUUAUUCAAGAGGGAGAUGUCGGCGCUACUGUCUUCGUCAUGGAGGAGGGUAAGGUCGAGGUGUCGAGGGACGGUAAAUAUCUGAGCACGUUGCAACACGGCAAGGUGCUGGGUGAGCUCGCGAUUCUUUACAAUUGCAAGAGGACAGCGACGAUCACUGCUGCGACUGAUUGCCAAUUAUGGGCCAUCGACCGGCCAUGCUUCCAAACCAUUAUGAUGAGGACCGGCCUCUCGAGGCAGGCCGAAUACACGGACUUCUUAAAGAGCGUGCCAAUUUUCAAAAACCUGCCCGAGGAAACUCUAAUAAAAAUUUCGGACGUCUUAGAGGAGACGUUUUACAACAAUGGGGAUUAUAUAGUAAGGCAAGGCGCGAGGGGGGAUACAUUCUUCAUCAUCAGUAGGGGACAAGUACGCGUAACAAUAAAGCAGCCCGACACAACGGACGAGAAGUACAUUAGAACUUUAAGAAAGGGCGACUUCUUCGGCGAGAAGGCUCUGCAAGGAGAUGAUCUCAGAACUGCUAAUAUUAUCGCUGACGAUCCAGAAGGAGUGAGCUGUUUGGUAAUAGACCGCGAAACGUUUAAUCAAUUAAUCUCAUCCUUGGACGAAAUUCGAACGCGAUACAGGGACGAGUUGGUGGAACGUAGGAGACUAAACGAGGAAUUCCGGGAUGUACGGUUACAAGACCUUCGGACCAUUGCGACUCUCGGCGUGGGUGGUUUCGGAAGAGUUGAAUUAGUUCAAAUUGCCGGAGACAGCACACGGUCGUUCGCUCUGAAGCAAAUGAAGAAGGCGCAGAUUGUCGAGACGCGACAGCAACAGCACAUUAUGUCGGAAAAGAGGAUCAUGAGCGAAGCGGAUUGCGAUUUUGUAGUCAAACUUUUCAAGACCUUCAAAGACAGAAAGUAUCUCUACAUGCUAAUGGAAGCCUGCUUGGGUGGCGAGUUAUGGACCGUUCUCAGGGACAAGGGACACUUCGACGAUGGUACUACGCGCUUUUAUACUGCAUGCGUCGUGGAAGCAUUCGAUUAUCUGCACUCCAGAAAUAUCAUUUAUCGAGAUCUUAAACCGGAAAACUUACUUUUGGAUAAUCAAGGAUACGUUAAACUUGUGGAUUUCGGCUUUGCUAAACGGUUGGAUAACGGAAGGAAGACGUGGACCUUUUGUGGUACGCCGGAGUACGUGGCACCGGAAGUCAUUUUAAAUAAAGGUCAUGAUAUAAGCGCCGAUUACUGGUCCCUUGGCGUUCUCAUGUUCGAAUUACUUACGGGUACGCCUCCUUUUACCGGCGCUGAUCCAAUGAAGACGUACAACAUUAUCUUAAAAGGAAUCGACGCUAUAGAAUUUCCCAGGUCCAUCACGCGAAAUGCAACGGCGCUUAUCAAGAAACUUUGCAGGGAUAAUCCAGCGGAACGUCUUGGCUAUCAAAGAGGCGGCAUCAGUGAAAUACAGAAGCACAAAUGGUUUGAUGGCUUUAAUUGGGAAGGUUUGAAAACGAGAACUCUGGAGCCACCAAUACUUCCACGAGUUCAAAAUGCUGUAGACACUACAAAUUUCGACGCCUAUCCGGCUGAUACUGAUCCACCACCACUCGAUGAUACUUCCGGUUGGGAUAACGAUUUUUAAUGCAAAAACAAAGUAUAAGGGACUUCUAUUUAAUAUUCACAUCUUUAACUACCUAGCAGGAAAUUGUAAUAGGACAUAAUGAUCUCUUAUACGAGAUAAUUGGCGACACCUGCAUUUAUUUAUACUUCUCUCAUACACUACGUGAUAUACAGAUUACAUUACAGUCGCAUUUUAUCAUAUUCUUACAUUUUUUGUCAUAUCUCGCGAUUUAUAAUCGCGAUUCAAACGAAGGGAACUACACUGUGAUAAAAUUUAGAAUUUUCAUGAAUUUCGGACAAUAUUAGCAAAAAUUUAAAGAGAAAACUUUAGAGCUACAAAGUUUAUAUUUAUGUCGCGUUUGACGGGUUCUUCUAGGAGUGUAUCUUCUUCAGUGUUACACGUUGUAAUAGGAUACGUAUGCAAGUGUCAAGUGCCAUUAUUACCUCGAAGAGGUAAACUCAUACAUGUCAUACUUGUGCUCAGAAACGCGGUCACGCGCAAGAAACAGUCAGCUCAAGUCCAAGGGACCUCUUGCCAUCCAUUUAACUUGUCAGAAUGUGCAUAUAGCUCGAUCGGUCAGAUGUUGAAUUUUUUUAUGGCAAGUGCAUUAUUGUUUGAUUUACUUUUUAGAGUUUAUUGUAAGAAUAUUUUAAUUAAUUAUACAUAACGUGACUCUUGUAAAUAAUGAAUUAUAAAUAUCAUAU